ACACAACACAUACACCUCUAACGGAGGAGAGUUGUUAUGCAGUUAUGUGGUACUAGCAUUCCAAGAAGGAACGCCGUUUGCUUACCUUACACAAAAGAGAGAGAAAGAGGUGUGUCUGUAACGGUAGCAGCAGCAGGUAGCAUAGGAUUAGCAGACACGAUUCCAAAAGCUGCUUCCUCUCAUAAAUUCUCUGUCAACGCAUAAUCAUUCCAUUUAGUUAUCAUCUGUGACACCAUCACACUGCGAUCAUCAUCCUCAUUCCUACUUUGCACACCCUUAUGACAAUGAUGAUGUCAUGGACUUAGAUUCAUUGGUCACAGUCACAGACUCUGAAGAAGAAAAACAACAGCUUUGAAUUGAUUACAAUACAACCUUAAACGAUGUCGUUGAACCGUGGUGGAGGAGGAGAAGAAGAUGAACUCUAUGAGCAACUAUGGAAAGCGUGUGCAGGACCCCAUGUGGAAGUUCCUCGUACUGGCCAAAGGGUCUUCUAUUUCCCUCAGGGGCACAUGGAACAAUUAGAAGUAUCAACAAAUCAGGAACUAAACCAAAGGAUUCCACUCUUCAAGCUUCCCUCCAAGAUCCUUUGUCGUGUCGUCAACGUCCAUUUACUGGCUGAACAAGAAACAGAUGAGGUUUAUGCACAGAUUACUCUAGUGCCGGAAUCUAAUCAAGCUGAGCCUAUGAGCCCUGAUCCGUGCCCUGCUGAACUUCCAAGUCCAAGAGUUCACUCCUUCUGCAAGGUCUUAACUGCCUCUGAUACAAGCACCCAUGGUGGCUUCUCUGUCCUCAGGAAGCAUGCCACUGAAUGCCUUCCAGCUUUGGACAUGUCUAAAUCAACCCCAACUCAGGAAUUGGUUGCCAAGGAUCUUCAGGGCUAUGAAUGGCGCUUUAAGCAUAUAUUUAGAGGUCAGCCACGUAGACACUUGCUCACAACUGGAUGGAGUAAUUUUGUGACUUCCAAGAGAUUAGUUGCUGGAGACACCUUUGUGUUUCUGAGAGGGAACAAUGGAGAAUUGCGGGUUGGAGUGAGGCGCAUUGCUCCUGUGCAGAGCAGCAUGCCAUCAUCUGUGAUUUCUAGUCAGAGCAUGCACCUAGGAGUUCUUGCAACUGCAUCUCAUGCUGUAGCAACUCAGACUCUUUUUGUUGUAUAUUAUAAGCCAAGGGCAAGCCAGUUCAUUGUUAGUGUGAACAAGUAUUUGGAGGCUAUCAACCAAAAAUGUAAUGUUGGUAUGAGAUUCAAGACAAGGUUUGAAGGGGAUGAAUCCCCUGAAAAUUACAAAAGAUUUUCGGGCACAAUAGUUGGAGUAGAGGAUAUUUCCCCUCACUGGGUAAAUUCAAAUUGGCGAUCUCUUAAGGUUCAAUGGGAUGAACCUGCAUCUUUUCCAAGACCUGAUAGAGUUUUACCAUGGGAGAUAGAACCCAUUCUGGCUUCUGUUCCUACUACAUCAUCUCAAACUGCUGCUAUAAAGAAUAAAAGGCCACGGCAAGCAAGUGAACUUGCAGAUCUUGGAGACACACCAUUAGCUUUCCCUACUUUCUGGGAUGCUGGACUGACACAGUCUGAUAUGGCAAAACUUAGUGUCAUGGCCGAAAUCAAAAGGAGUGACAGUAGUUCCCAUAUGUGGCAUCAUAACAGUAAAAGCAGCAACAAUGGUAUAUCAAUGAAUCAGACAGAAGCAAGUUGGCUAUCUUCUCCUUCUCAAUUAUAUCAUGACACAACCGAUGAUAGCAAGAGCAUCUCAGCUUGGCCUAUUUCAAAACCUCACUCAGAGAGAUUGAACAAUGAUCAUUUCCUUGACCAGGUUGACAAGGAGAUCAACAAAGUAGAGGCUGCUACAAGUUAUAGAUUGUUUGGGAUUGACCUUAUUGAUCAUGCAAGGAACAACUCUCUUUCUGCAGAGAAUGCAUCUGGAAUCACCUCUGAGUGCAAAAUUGAUGUAAACCAUGUGUCCGAUAUCUCAAAGGCUUCUAAAGAAUGGAACCAAGAACAGCUACAACUAUCUCCAAAAGAGACUCAAAGCAAACAAGUUUGUAGCAGAAGUUGCACUAAGGUUCAAAUGCAGGGGGUUGCAGUGGGUCGUGCCGUGGAUUUGACCACAUUGGAUGGAUAUGAUCAACUUGUAGAUGAAUUGGAGAAGAUGUUUGACAUAAAGGGACAACUUCAACUUAGGAAUAAGUGGGAAAUUGUCUUCACUGAUGAUGAAGGGGAUAUGAUGCUUGUUGGUGAUGAUCCAUGGCUUGAAUUCUGUAAAAUGGUGAGAAGAAUCUUCAUUUAUUCAAGCCAGGAUGUGCACAAAUUGAGCUCAGGGAGCAAACUACCUAUCUCUUCUAUGGAAGAGAUUGUAACAAGUUUAGACACAACCGAGACCUGAAACUUUUACAUUCUUGUCCUUUCUACUUUGUUAGUUUUCUUCUUCUUCUUCUUCUUCUUUUUUUUUUGCUGUUUCUUUUAUUUUUCUUAUCUAAGGUAAGGAUGUUAGUUUAUUUUUGGCUAGGCAAGUUUCAUGUUAGAUGUGAAACACUGGCUAAUUGUAGCUCAAUUUAGAGACUCUAGACACUAAUUGGGUUUCAAAGACCAAAUUGAAUAUUUUAAUAAAAAGUAAAUUACACAUGUCUCUCUUGAGGUUUAAGAAAAUUAUGUCUUUCCUCCUUUGUAAAACUUAGACAUGUCUCUCCCGAGGUUUAGGAAAAUUAUACACGUCUUCCUUCUGUUUUUAAAAUCUACACAAAUCCUCUAAAUGUCGUCUAAACAUUUAACCGUAACAAGUCAUGUGUGUUGACAAUUUUGAUUAAAAAAGAUUAAAAUAUAUUUUUUGUCCUCAUAAAUAUGGAAAUGUUUGAAAUAUAUCACUGCAAAAAAUUUAAUCUAGUUUUCGUACUCAAAAUUUAAAUCUAUUACUUUUUGGCUUGAAGCUAGAUUCACGUAUAUCCGAACCUACGCAUAUGUUGUUGUAGAAAGUGUCAGAAAAGUUGAAAAACCUAACAUUUUCUACAAAAGUAUACACCUAGGUUUGGAUGUAUCCAAAUCUAACUUCGGGCAUGUAAUCGAUGUAGAAAAGUUAAAAACCUAACACUUUAUACAACAACUUGCAAGUUGGUUCAAAUGUACCCAACCUAACUCCGGGCCAAAAAGUAACAUUUAAAUUUUGCAGGGACGAAAAAUAGACAACUUUUUGUAGUUACGGAUUCAAAACAUUUUCAUAUUUAUGAAGAUGAAAACUUAUUUUAACAUUUUUUAAAACAAAAUUGUCAAUGUACAUUAAUUGCUAUUGUCAAAUGCUUAGACAACAUUUAAAAAAUCUGUAUAGGUUUGAAAAACAGAAGGGAGACAUGUAAUUUGCUUAAACCUCAAGAGAGACGUGUAAAUUUUUCAAAAGGAUGAGAGAUAUAUGUAAUUUCCUUAAAUUUGAGGGGAGACAUUUGUAAUUUACUCUUUAAUAAAUUAGUUUUGAGAGGUAAAAUUUGGGCUUAGCAUAACAUUCAUUUAAUGUAUUUGUAUUUGAAAGCAAAGUGUGCCUUAGUGACUA